CUCUCUCUCCUCACCUUCCCCUUCUCGUUUUUUUUUCCACCAGAGCAUCUCUCUCCUUCUGCUCUCCCUCUUUUCUACACCGCCCACUCCUUCCCAACCAUUGAUCCAACCACUCACCGCCGCCUCGCCGGCCCCUUCGCCUCAUCGCAUCGCCCCGCUGCGCUUUUCUGCAUUUUCUUUUUUUUUUAAAGGGCAGAAGAAACCGCACAUUUGGACCAAAUAUAUAUAUUAAAAAAGGGAAGACAGAGACGCAAAACAAAAACACCACCACCAUGGCGACCACCGAGGAUAAACCGGCUAACAAGGAGAACACGUCCAGCUGGAAGGACUCCAUCUACAACCCGAGGACCGGGGAGCUGCUGGGACGCACGGCCAGCAGCUGGGGCCUCAUCCUGCUGUUCUACCUGGUUUUCUACUGUUUCUUGGCCGGCAUGUUCGCCCUGACCAUGUGGGUGAUGCUGCUCACUCUGGAUGACUAUGUGCCAAAGUACAGAGACCGCGUCCCCACUCCAGGGCUGGUGAUUCGACCCAACACUCUGGAUAUCGCAUUCAACAAAUCCGACCCGCAACAGUACUCUCAGUACGUCCAACACCUGGAGUCCUUCCUGCAAAGAUAUAACGAAACAGAGCAGGAGAAGAAUGAGGAGUGCAUUCAAGGACAACAUUUUCUGCAGGACGACACUGAGGACAUGACGAAGAAAGCUUGCCGCUUCAAGAGAUCCUCCCUGAGUCUUUGCUCCGGCCUGUCUGACACCAACUUUGGAUAUUCUGAGGGAAAACCGUGCGUGCUGCUGAAAAUGAACAGGAUCAUUGGCCUGUUGCCGCGCGGGAAGCCUUACAUCAGCUGCGCAAUAAAAAAAGACACUCCCGUACAGAUGCAUUAUUUCCCCAGAGAAGGCCUUGUUGAUCAGAUGUACUUCCCCUACUACGGCAAGAAAGCUCACGAGAGCUACGUUCAGCCCCUGGUGGCCGUGAAGCUGCUGCUCAACAAGGAGGACUACAACAAGGAGCUGACGGUGGAGUGCAAGAUAGAGGGCUCCGACCUCAACAACAACGACGAUAGGGAUAAGUUCCUGGGUCGCGUCAUCUUCAGGAUCAAGGUGGUCGAGUAAGAGGACGGCCGGUAGAAGGGAAACCGGGUGCAGAGGCUGCCCAUGUUUGAUAAGGAUUUAUGUUUAAAGAUUAAAAAGAACAAAAAAAAAACGAAAAGGAAGGAAGUGUCAGAUGUGUCUCAAAGACUGCAUGUUGGGAUGGGGCCGAAGCGUUAAAUGCAGAUGGUUUUGGCUUCCGGUUGAUACAGAUUUAUGGAAUGUUGCUUUGCUGACAUUUGUGACUCUUCUUUCCUUCACGAUUCCUUGCUGACCUCCUCAAAGAUUCCCAGAACAAGACACAGGCUCAGCUCCUCCCUAUCCAUCCAUCCAUCCAUCCACCCAUCCGUCCUUUCAUACCUCCACCCGUUGCACUGCUCAUCCUCCACUCAGUUUAUUUUUUAUUUUAGUAUUGAUGUGACUAGGUAACUUAUUGCCAUUGCAACCAAGCCAUUUGGAGCUAUUGUGUAGUUGCUGAUACGACUUUCUUUUCAAUGUUCUUUCGAUUUUUUUCCUCCUGCCAGGAAAGGAGUAUUGUUUUCAUCUCUCCGACCUGUAUGAGCGUCUGUAUCAUCGCUGACGUUGAGAGGAUUUGGAUCUUGCUGUAUAGUGUAUCUGAGAAAGUAGUGGGUUUCCGACACAUCUCCAGAGUAUUCACAUUUUUCACAUCACAAAGAUUUCAUAGGAUCGUACCUUGAUAAUCAAGUAUAGCCACUGUAUCCCUGUAUAUUGAAUUCCAAUUACAAGAGUCCAUUUCGACAUAUAAAUACAUUGUGAUCCUGACCAUAGUUAGGGAAUUAUAGAUAGAUCUUUGUGUUGUGGCCUCCGUUGCCACAACCCAGUCUCGUGCUGUCUGUCCGUCUGUCCGUCUGCAUGUCCGUCUGUCCGUCUGCCUGUCUUCCUGUUUACUCACCUCUCCACUGCAAUAGCCGACAUGUGUGUGAGCCCUCCAGGACGGGAUAGAGUUGUCUCGCUUCACCUCGCACGGUGCUGCGUUUUGUCGCUGAUGACUGAGGCCACACUCACACACAAACACAAACACGCACACACACAGAAGGUACAGUGUUGAAAUGCUCUUUAGGCGGAGAGGUGCUGGAGGAGGUUCACUGUAACUUUGUACUGUAUAUCUUUACGUGAUCUGUAUAUCUCUCUGGGUCUCAAAGAUUGUUUGUUAGUUUUCUCUCUUCUUCAGCCUGUUGAUCUGAUUGUCUGCCAAUCUAUUACUCUUCAAUGUAUAUAUAUAAUACACUAUCAUAUUUACUUAAUUCACACUGUAUUUUUGUCACAAAACACAAUGUCUGUGCACUGUAAAGAAAUCAUUUAAGCAAAGAUUUACAGGAAAUUAUCUUAUUCAAAGCUAUGUUUACACAGUCUUAAAAGGAACCCGCAUUUGAAAGAACAACUUGUAACAUCUCUUCAGGGUGCCUUAAGACCCGAUGAAAUAAAUUGUGGAAUAAAAGUGAUUUUGAAGAAAAA